GGUCAGGACACCGGCAGCUGAAGUCCGACGCCAGAUGAAGAGCGAUGCAUCCAGAGCCACACACAGGCAUCAGCCCACAGAGAUGGCAGGCGUGUCCAGCACCCCGGGGCAUGCUGAGCACCGGCCUACUGCAGGGCUUCAUCCAGAGAGCCAGGCCUCCAUCCUUCUGCUUCCUGCUCCCCAGGGUCCACGCAGCUGAUGUGGCUGCUGCCAAGCCGCCACAGAUGUUCUCCUCCUCCUCCGCCUCCUCCUCCUCCUCCUCUUCCUCCUCAACCAGCCCUGCUCCUGCACCCAGCUCAUCUUCACGCUCUGUGCCAAGCAACUUGGGAAAGCCAGAAUUCCCAGACACAGGAUGGGACCGCAUCAAGGACCUCUUUGACAGAAACGUGACCCAGCGGUACCCAGAGGAGCUGACCAACGUGAUAAAGAGCAGCGUCGUGGCCGCAUUCGCCGGCUUGAUUUACGGAGGCCUGCCAGCUGCACGCCACGCCAGGCAGCGCUACAUCCAAAACAGCCAGGCGGAAAUCUAUACUGGUCGAGUGGAAGCUGUGCGCUCGGCCCAUAACGCUGCCAUCCGUGGUUUUGUGAGAUAUGGAUGGAGGUGGAGCUGGAGAGUGGCUGCGUUCGUCACCUUGUUCAAUUCCGUCAGCACGGGUCUGUCUGUGUACCGAGACAAAUACACACUCGGUCAUUACGCUGCAGCUGGAGCUGUCACUGGAGGCCUCUUCAGACUCAACCUGGGCCCGGGUGGGCUGGUGGCGGGGACGAUCAUCGGAGCCGUGCUGGGGAUUCCCACUGGAGCUCUGAUCGUCAGCCUGCAGUCUCUGGCUGGAGAGACGGUGCGAGAGAGGAGGAGGAGAGAGCGCAGGGAGCUGUACCAGCUCAAACUGACAGAAUGGGCGGCCCGUUUGCAGUUGACGGACGAGCUGAUUGGAGAUCUGAACGUCAGCUGUCAGGCAGAGGAAACCAAUAAGGACAUGCAGAGGAUUCAGGAGCUGCUCAGUUCACCACAGAACAAGGACGUGGCUCAGGACUCAAGCAGCCAAUGACAGGAGCCGCCUGUGCUCCGCAGGAAGUUGAGGUGGGACUUAAUCCAACACUGAGGAUAAACAGGUCACUGCUUCGCCUGGACUCCGUCACUCAGCGUCACUCCAGCAGAACGGAAUAGGAUUCACGCUGAAAUGAAAAGACGCUGUUGCUCUUCACUAUGUCCCGGGUCCUCGAGUAGCAUCAGUGAGCUGCUCAGGAAAGUUGAGAGGGAAGAACACAUUUGUAAAACACAGAAACUGUUUGGAUUGUGUAAUUUUGUCAUAUGAGACUGUGGAUCCCUGACAGACAUGAUAUUCAUGUUCCUGCAGGAUUCAGUGACGUUAAGCUUCUGUGUUAUUGACUCGUCUUGUUUCACUGUCUGUUCGGCUCUACAUGAAGUCUCUUGUCCUUUCAAGGUCUCAGCUUGUUUUCAGUCUUUGCUCCAAGAAAACUGAACGUGAUCUUCUUAUUAAACGACUAUCAAGGCAACUCUGUCC